UGCAAACUUCGUGGAGAGUGCUCUUCUCCUCAGCACCAAGCCUGGACUAAUGGAUUACCACCUGCUUGGAUUAACUUUAGCUUUUUUCUUCGGUGACACAAAGGUCCUAGCCGGUUAUCCUAUUUGGUGGUCCCUUGCAUUAGGCCAGCAGUAUACAUCACUGGGGUCCCAGCCUAUUCUCUGUGGUUCCAUUCCUGGCUUAGUGCCUAAGCAGCUUCGCUUCUGCCGAAACUACAUUGAGAUCAUGCCAAGCGUGGCCGAAGGUGUGAAGUUGGGAAUUCAGGAGUGCCAACACCAGUUCCGGGGGAGACGUUGGAAUUGCACAACCAUUGAUGACAGCUUGGCUAUUUUUGGGCCUGUUCUAGAUAAAGCCACACGAGAAUCAGCUUUUGUGCAUGCCAUUGCCUCUGCUGGUGUGGCAUUUGCCGUCACACGCUCAUGUGCUGAAGGUACUUCCACCAUUUGUGGCUGUGACUCACACCAUAAGGGACCACCUGGUGAAGGAUGGAAAUGGGGAGGCUGCAGUGAAGAUGCUGACUUUGGGGUACUUGUCUCACGAGAGUUUGCAGAUGCCCGAGAAAACCGUCCGGAUGCUCGCUCAGCCAUGAACAGGCACAAUAAUGAAGCUGGAAGAACAACUAUCUUGGAUCACAUGCAUUUAAAAUGCAAGUGCCAUGGCCUGUCUGGCAGUUGUGAGGUUAAAACGUGCUGGUGGGCCCAGCCAGACUUCCGGGCCAUUGGUGACUACUUGAAGGACAAGUACGACAGUGCUUCAGAGAUGGUGGUAGAGAAGCAUCGGGAAUCCCGUGGUUGGGUGGAGACACUGCGUGCCAAGUAUGCCCUCUUCAAGCCACCAACAGAGCGUGACUUGGUCUAUUAUGAGAACUCACCCAACUUCUGUGAACCCAACCCUGAGACUGGCUCAUUCGGCACAAGAGACAGGAUGUGCAAUGUGACUUCACAUGGGAUUGAUGGGUGUGAUUUGCUCUGCUGCGGCCGUGGCCAUAACACUAGGACAGAGAAGAGGAAGGAGAAAUGCCAUUGCAUCUUCCACUGGUGCUGUUAUGUCAGCUGCCAGGAAUGCAUUCGUGUUUAUGAUGUUCAUACCUGCAAAUAA